AUGACUCUGGUGGAAGAGCGUCCUGUGUCGUCAUCUGACUCUGUCAUGCCUUCCUCCCCUUUACUCGUUUCCUCCCUGUCGUCUUCAACAACGGCAGUCGACAUUGUCUUCCGCCACAGGGAAAUCCAACUAACACUGUCUGUGCCUAGCACACACUUCCCAUGGUUGCAAUCGCAGAAAUAUGCCUUUUUGCUGUCCCGAUUCUACUUGUCUAGGAAAGACGAGCUACAGACGCCUCCCGAACUCGCCCUUGCCUACCUCGAGUUUCUGCUUCUCUACAGUAAGACAUCGGAGAAUGCUCUGGCGGUUGUUGUACAAGCAUUUGAGAAUGAAUUCCUGCAAGGUGGCAUGGACAUCCACUCGCUAGUGGCGGGGCUGUCCCCAAGUUUGGAGAAUCGCCAGCGAUUGUUACGGACCUAUUAUCAGGCAAUCCAAGCUAGUAGUGGUGGCGAGCGGGACAGUGCUCAUCUUCUCCGCAAGGCUCUCAGCACUUUUUUUGAUCAGGCACGGCAAGACAGAUUCCAGCUAAUGGCAGUCUUUGGUGGGCAGGGAGACGCGAGCUGUACCUGCGUACAAGAACUUUCUGAGCUUUACAUGACAUACGAGCCAAUACUGCGAGAUUUUAUACAGGUCAUCGGGUGUCGUCUUGACGAACUGUCACGGCUUCCGGAAUUGAGUCGCUACUACGAAAGGCACCCAUUCGAUAUUCAGAGUUGGAUAUCCGAUCCAGCCAAGCUUCCAGACUCUCAAUUUAUUGCCAACGCUCCAGUGAGUGUACCGGUUAUUGGCCUUCUAAGCCUCUCACGCUACAUGGUUAUAUGUCAUGUAGCGGGACUUACGCCUGGAGGGCUGCGACGCUUACUGCGUGCCACAACAGGCCACUCACAGGGGAUACUAAUUUCUAUUGCUAUAGCCAUUUCAGAUUCCUGGGACUCUUUCUAUGACAGCUCCAGGCUGGUUGUGGAAGCGUUAUUCUGGCUGGGGUGGGAAUGCCAUCAUGCUGCGGUGUGGAGUCCGGUCCUCACCACAGGGAGGAACCAUUCCACAAGAGGUCAGACUGAGCCGUCAUAUAUGCUCAGUGUACGUGGGUUGAAACGAAAUGAAAUUGACACCCUGGUAGCGAGCAUCAACAAAGAUUUGCCAAAGGCUUCACAGUUAUAUCUUGCUCUCAUCAACGCCCGAGAUCAGUUCGUGGUGGCUGGUCCCGUUGCUUCGCUAGUACAUCUUGAUAGCUAUUUACAAGAAAUAAGCAGGCCUAACAUAGAUCAGACUAGAAUACCAUUUAGUCGUCGGGGAAAAACUAUUUACCAUUCAUUUUUGCCGAUUAGUACGCCCUUUCACACACCAUACCUCCAAGGCGCGGCAGCAUCCUUGAAAAGUCGAUAUUCAGAUUGCAAGUUGCAUUCGCAUCAACUGUUGUUACCGGUCUAUCACACUCGUACCGGACAAGAUAUUCGCGAAAUAAACGACAAUAUAUUAUACGUCGCCUUCGAUGCUAUUAUGCAGGAGCUCUGCGACUGGCCCAUCGCGCUGGCUGGGGCUAACCAUAAACACGACAACGUUUUGUCUGUGUCCCACGUCGUUGUAUUUGAUCGAGGUAGCCUUGCACCUUUAGUGAAAAAGGUCACAGAGGGCCAUGGUAUACGGAUAGUUCAAGGGGGUGAAUUUGAAUCCCGAGAUCCAGAUAUAGGGUCCAUGCAAGACCUCGUCUCUCCUAUCCUAUUGGAAUCAUCUACAAAGAUUCAGAGCUGGGGUCAGCUAUAUCAGCCGCGGCUGACGACAGCAUCAGCUGUUGGGUUAGAAACACGACUCAGUCGGCUGUUAGGCACCCCGCCCGUCAUGGUAGGUGGUAUGACGCCCACAACGGUGCAUUGGGAUUUUGUAUCCGCCAUUAUGAACGCCGGCUAUCAUACCGAACUCGCGGGAGGUGGCUACCACAAAUCAGCUGAUAUGGAGGCUGCCAUCAAUCGACUAGCAGACGCUAUUACUCCCGGGCGUGGUAUCACCUGCAAUCUUAUAUAUGCCAACCCUCGAGCUAUGGGCUGGCAGAUUGCACUACUACGACGCCUAUCACAAAGACAAAUUUUGAUUGAGGGGCUCACAAUUGGCGCUGGUGUGCCUUCUCUUGAUGUUGUGACGGAGUAUAUUCGGACACUGGGGUUACGUCACAUUGGCUUCAAGCCAGGGUCAGUGGGGGCCAUACGCCAGGUGGUCGACAUUGCAAAGAGCCAUCCUGAAUUUCCUAUAAUACUCCAAUGGACCGGAGGGAGAGGUGGAGGUCAUCAUUCCUUUGAAGACUUUCAUGCUCCGAUACUUAAAACCUAUGGCCUUAUCCGCCAGCAUGUUAAUAUCUACUUGGUAGCGGGCAGUGGGUUUGGUACGGGAGAGAGUAUCCACCCAUAUCUCACCGGCAUGUGGUCUGUUCAAAUGGGCUAUGCGGCGAUGCCUUUUGACGGUGUUUUGCUUGGAAGCCGCAUGAUGGUGGCCCGUGAAGCCCAUACUUCACCUCCUGUUAAGGAGAUUAUCUGCAAGACACCCGGUGUUCCGGACAAUGAGUGGGAGAACACUUACUUAGGCCCGAGCGGGGGGAUUAUUACUGUACAGUCGGAGAUGGGAGAACCAAUUCACAAGGUGGCCAACAGGUGUGUCCUUUUUUGGGCAGAAAUGGAUAAAACAGUGUUCAGUAUGGCCCAUAAAGAUCGUCAGGCAUAUCUUAUUCAACAUAGGGGCUCGAUUAUUACUCGCUUGAAUGAAGAUUUUGCGAAGCCUUGGUUUGGGCGUAACUCACAUGGAGAUGCCGUUGACCUGAAAGAUAUGACGUAUGGGGAAACAAUGAGCCGACUAGUUGCGCUCAUGUACGUCCAUCACCAAAGGCGCUGGGUUGACCCGUCAUACAUCGACUUCACUAUGAGCUUCGCUACACGCGCCUUGGAAAGGUUCUGUGGUAGCCCAAUGGAUAGAGAAAAUCUUUCUCGUACCAGCUUAAAAGAGAACCCAGAUGGUUUUAUCCGUACCUUCGUCAGCGUCUGUCCUGACGGCGCUGAUACUGUCUUGAAUCCUGAGGAUGUGUCCUCUUUUUUGAUUGAGACCAAACGCCCAAACCGGAAACCAGUCAAUUUCAUUCCUGUGCUCAAUGAAGACUUCGAAUUUUAUUUCAAGAAAGACUCUCUGUGGCAAUCAGAGGAUAUUGAGGCUGUUGUUGACCGAGAUGCAGAACGAGUAUGUAUUUUGCAUGGUCCUGUGGCUGCACAAUAUUCUCGAGACCAGGACCAGUCCGCCAAGGAUAUCCUUGAUUCCAUCACAAUGUCUUUGGUCGAUAUUAUCCAGCGCGAUGGAACUAGUGAAGACCUUAACAGCGGUCUGGAUAGUGGCUUGGUCACGCCGGAUUCUUGGUCAACCAUUUCUACGACUGCGAGGGCGUUGCCAUUAGAGGAGUUGUCGCUACCGUCAUCGGUCACCGCUUCGGAACCUGCUAGCCGCUGUUCUCCAUCUCCCAUAGGAUUAGAUAGCUGUCGAACUACGCCGGCCUGGAUACAGGCGGUCCUUGGGGAGAAGACUAUCCUAUAUGGAAGUAGGCGCCAAGAUAACCCAUUCCGUUGCUUCCUCGAAACCUAUCCUGAGAGCAUUCUCUCUUUAAGCCCCGAUCAUUCCAGGCUGUCCAUAAUAACAAAGGAGAAACACAAAUCAAAGUCAUCAAUGACGCUCAUAUCCCACAAUGGAGUUGAUAUAGAGGUCGAAGUAUAUCCUGAUGAAAACACCGAGUCUUUACGGCUGCUCUAUCAAUUUAAUGCCAAGGGCGCAGUUUCAAGAAUGACUGAGAUAUCGGAUGGUCGUAUUGAGAGGAGCCGCGAUUUCUACAGUAAUGUCUGGUUUGGAAAAGUCCAGACCCCGGACGUCGCUAUACAUGAUACGUUCUAUGGACGUCAAACGACCCUCACAGCUGAGAUGCUCAAUAGCUUGAUCAUGGCAGUAGGCCCAGCAUUCCAGGGCCACAGGGGUAUAUGUCCUGGCGAUACAAUAAUUCCCAUUAGCAUUGGGAUUGUCAUAGCGUGGGAAGUCAUUUCUCGACCGUUGGUCGCCAAGGGGAUGGACGGUGACUUGCUCAGAUUGGUCCACCGUUCAAACACGUUUGAAUAUCAUUCUGGGGCCACGCCACUACGUGUUGGUGACAUAGUGAGCUCUCAAUCUCAAGUCCAAGCUGUAUAUUUUGAAGAAGCAGGAAAGGCCGUUGUAGUGGAAGCUGUUAUCACACGCUGUAAAGCACCCGUGUUGACUGUGACUUCAGAAUUCCUAUUUCGCGGAUCAGCCAUGGAUGUUGCGUCAACGUUUCGCCGAACUAAAGAACCCGACUGGAUCGUCCGGGUGUCAUCGACAGUUGACGAGGAAGUUUUAAGACAUCGUAGAUGGCUCCAUCUGCAUGAUAAUGCGCCCUCUCUGGUGGGUAAGUCGCUGGUUUUUAGUCUUCGUUCUGAUGUCACGCACACAACGGCGAAAUCCAAACGACUGCGGGUCACAGGGACCGUCCGCUGUCGACUCAGUGGCCAUAAAUUAGUAGAGAUAGGAGAGGUUCACUUUGAAUGCGAUGAAUGUUCUGGAAACCCUGUUGUCGACUUCAUGCAGCGCAAAGGGGUUCGAUCAGCCAAACAGAUUGACUUUGACAGGCCGGGCUGGUCGGGCCCCUCGGAACUGGGGGUCCAAAUGCCAGCCAGUAACCAUGCAUAUGCCGAGCUCUCUAAAGAUUUCAACCCUAUCCAUACUUCGAGCGUUUUCGCAAACCUGGCACAGCUACCUGGAACAAUUUGCCAUGGUAUGUGCACAUCCGCCAUCACGGUAUCUGCCUUGGAGUAUCUGGUGCUGGAGGGGGAGCGAGAGCGGCUCAAAUUUUUUAAAGCCAGUUUCGUAGCAAUGGUGAUGCCGUUAGAGAAGCUGGUGGUGCGGAUACAGCACACUGGCAUGGUUGAGGGGCGAAUGCGAUUUAUCGUCGAGGUGUUCCGCAGUCACAACGAUGAAAAAGUACUGCACGCCGAGGCGGAGGUAGAGCAACCGCGGACUGCAUAUCUGUUUACCGGUCAAGGCAGUCAAAGCCAAGGGAUGGGCAUGGAUCUGUAUCAAGUGAGUCCGGUGGCGAAGGGGCUGUGGGAUGAAAUUGAUGCACAGCUGUAUGGCGCAUAUGGGUGGUCUGUUCUUGACAUCGUCCGUAACAAUCCACGAACCAUCACCAUCAACUUUGGCGGGAAAAAGGGUCGCAGGAUCAGGCAGAACUAUCUGUCUAUCACCACCGAGUCAACGCUUUCUGACGGGAGUCGUAUUGUAAAGUGCGUCCUCCCGGGUCUUUCACCCAGCUCAACAUCGUACACAUUUAGUGACUCCCGUGGAUUAUUAUACUCGACUCAAUUCGCACAACCGGCGAUCCUUGUGUUUGAAGCUGCUGUGUUUGCAGAGAUGCGCGCCAAGGGAUAUGUAUCGCAAGACGCGGUGUAUGCAGGACACUCACUGGGCGAGUACGGGGCACUAAGCGCCUUGUCGCGAUACGUCUCUACAGGGGCAUUGGCGGAGCUGGCGUUCUAUCGAGGGUUGAUGAUGCAAGCCUCUGUACAGGAUGGCCAGGGGGGGGCGGGGUAUGGCAUGGUGGCAGCGAACCCAAAGCGGGUUGGUCCAUGGGUAAUAGCUACCGCAAGUGGGGGACUGCUGGAGAUUGUCAAUUUCAAUGUGGAAGGGGAGCAAUAUGUGUGCUCGGGAACUACUACCAACUUGUACGUCCUGGGGAAACUCCUGGACCACAUAGCGCAGUCGGCUCGUGGGUUAGAGGUGGUCCAUGAGGCGGUCGAAUUCAAGGAUGGGUCGGAAGCACAGCAGGUACUCGAGCGGUUGCUGGACGAGGCCAAAGAACUUCCGCAUCCCAUCGAGUUACAGCGGGGGAAGGCAACGAUCCCGCUGCAGGGGAUAGACGUGCCGUUCCACUCGACUCAUCUGCGGUCGACAGUGGAUCGGUUCCGACAAUGUCUGCUGAAACCGGGGUUCCUGGAAGGCAAUGUGGAUGUGGAGGGGCUGGUUGGACGAUACAUUCCGAACCUGAUGGCACGGGCAUUUUCACUGGACGAGGAGUACAUCCGCGAGGUAUACGAACUGACGGGGAGUGUAAUACUGCGGGAGAUGCUAGACUAUAGUUAG